AGCCUGCUGCCUCCGCAGCAUUCCUCACGCUCCCUCUGCGCUAAGUGCCUGCGCAUUAGACAGACUGGGUACUCAAAGCUGAAGGAUUAGUUGGACCCUGCCUUGGCGACCCAUGGCAUCGCCCAGAACCGUAACUGUCGUAGCCCUGUCAGUGGCCCUGGGACUCUUCUUUGUUUUCAUGGGGACCAUCAAGUUGACCCCCAGGCUCAGCAAGGAUGCCUACAUUGAGAUGAAACGAGCUUACAAGAGCUAUGUUCGAGCUCUCCCUCUACUGAAGAAGAUGGGGAUCAAUUCCAUCCUUCUCCGCAAAAGCAUUGGUGCUCUUGAGGUGGCCUGUGGCAUUGUCAUGACCCUCGUGCCUGGCCGUCCCAAAGAUGUGGCAAAUUUCUUCUUGCUCUUGUUGGUGUUGGCUGUGCUCUUCUUCCACCAGCUGGUCGGUGAUCCUCUCAAGCGUUAUGCUCAUGCCCUGGUGUUUGGAAUCCUGCUUACUUGCCGCCUGCUGAUUGCCCGUAAGCCAGAAGACCAAUCUUCUGAGAAAAAGCCCUUGAUGGGGAAAGCAGGAAAUGCUGAGGAGCAGCCCUCCUUAUAUGAGAAGGCCCCCCAGGGCAAAAUGAAGCUGUCCUAGGAAAGAGAGGUGCAAAAAAGUGAACUUUCCAGGAAGUUGCCUCCAUGAUAUCCAGGAAGAUGUCAGUGUGUGCUUUUCAUUUGAUUUAUCUUGGGGAAAAGGAAAAACCAUAUCCUGAAGAUGAAUGCCCCUCUGGCUUGUGUACACCCACCCUAAAAUGACCUCCCCACAUAGACAUUUGUGUAGCACCUUUAAUCACUUUGGGGCAACUCCCACAUCUUGCUGCAUGUACAUGUAUAUGUCUUACUAUUGAAGUGUAUUUGUGAGAUGGACUCCAGCAAGUUUGUAACUGUGGGAUUAUGUGUGGAGGGAUGUAUUCUCGUGUGUGCCUGCAUUGUGUGUGUGCCUACACAAACACGUGUGGAGAAGCAUCUGAUUUUGAACUAAUCCUGCAUAGUUAUCUUUCCCUUUAUAGAUUGAGGCUAGGCAAAGGUAGAAUAAAUGAACCUCCUAUAAAGAGAAUCAUCUUACAUCUACUCUAAAACAAACAAUAAGAACAACAACAAAAUGAUGUAUUUCUGUGGGAUGGGGAAAUCUCUCACUAGAUCAAGCUGAAAACUUCUACCACUUUAGAAAAAACUUCCUUUGAUUUGAGACACUGAGUUAUAUGGAAAGUAAAUUAUUCUAUACUUUAGCGGUUCCUUAAAUUUUAAAGACUCCAACUCACACUGAGUUUAAUUAAAACAAAGGACACAUGAAACCAAUAGAUAAACUAAGGUUUCAUGUGAUCAAAUUGUAAGCUUUAUUUUACCUAUGUCCAAGCCCUACCUACUAAACUCCUUUGUUCACAGUUUGAAACUGAAACAGUAAACUUGUUACCAAACAUAUUUCUGGGAUUUUCUUAAGCCAAAAUCUGCCUCACUUUUGCCAUUCUCAGUAGUUUACAGGAUUUGGCAGUGGUUUCACUGUUGCAGUUGAUGAAACAGGGAUUAGUUCUGUUAGAAGUCUAUGCAUCUCAAAUUCUAGCUGUUCUCUUAAACCUGAAAUGUGACAAUAGUACUGUAGCCAGUGUUUCCUUGCCAAAUAGAUUUGCUACUCCUAUUGAACCUUCAUGGUUGUCUCCUAUCCACCUCUCUAUCAUUCUGGUGGAUGGAGUGUAGCUGGGGGAAGAACAAUUGAAAUGGCUUAGUUGGAUUGAGCAGUAUAAAAAUUUGCUUUCUUCAUUGCAUACUGCUUUUCUCUGUUAGAUGUGUUUUGAUGGUUUUAAUAUUAUUGUGCCAGGGAUACGUGUGUGUGUGUGUGUGUGUGUGUGUGUGUGAGUGUGUGGGUGUUUGUGUGCUGUAUUUUCUUCAAUGUCAUUGUGCCUGUUAAUUGAUAUUUGUCUUAUUUAUGUCAUUGUUCCAAAAUAAAGUUUUUUUUUGAAAUU